CAUGAUCGCUCCUUUCAACAGUAAGCAGUAGGAGUUUUUAUAAAUGGAAUCUUCCAGAUCCGUCAAAUUUGUGUUUGUUUUUUGUACUUAAUGACAGAAACAGCUUCUAAGGGAUUAAAGUAUUGAAGAAAUGAAUACAAAUGUGAAGCACCGACUAGAUGCAGGCACGACUGCUUCAAGCACAAAGAGCAUCUUCACUGUAGGAGUUGAUGGAGGUUCAAAUGCUAGGCGUACACUACAAGCAAUUCAACCUACAGUGAUAACUGGGUACCUUGUUGGGAGGACCAGAGAGCCAGUCAGGUCUCUUCCAAAAAGGAAAUUGUGGAGCAAGGAACAGCCAAAAAGCUCAAAGAGGGCCAAAACUGAAGUGGCUGUGUAUACCGAAGACAAUGAAAAUGAGAAUGGGCCAGAGGGAAUGACCAAAGAGACUUAUGAACUUAUGGUCAAAGAAACUCCUCCAUCUACCUACUGGAAAGAACUGGCAGAUGAAAGGAGGGAAGCACUUUAUAAGGUUCUUCAAGAAAAUGAGAUGCUGCAUAAGAAAAUUGAGUUAAAAGAGGAGAACAUCUCAAAGUUAAAGCAAGAAAAUGAAGAACUGGCUGACCUUGCAGAGCAUGUACAAUACAUGGCCAGUAUGAUUGAGAGAUUAACUGGGAAGAGUCCAGAUAACCUCAAAGUCCUUAGAGACCUUGAUGCAGAAGAACAUGAACAUGAAGAUGAUGAGGAAUACAUUAGCAGUGAGGAUGAAGAUAAGCUUUCAGAAUUUGAAAGUGACUAUGAAGAUGAUACAUCUGUGCCUGACUUUAAUGUUCCCAAAUCCAGUUUAAACUAGCCUGAAAACCUUUUUUUUUUUUUUUUUUACAUUUAUUAAAGGGACCGAUGGUGGGGGGGGAUUAUGAUUCACUCCUCUGUAUAUUGACUUGGGCUAGAAACCCUUUCCAAAGACCAGCUUUUGCACUUUACAAAGGUCAGCCGAGGUGAGAAUUAAAUGUUAACUAGUGGGUAGCGCAGGCUUGGAUGCUCAUUAUACUGCCGGAGGGAAGGUGUUCAGUGUUUUUGGAGAUAGGAAGCUGUUCAUGCACUGGAUGUGUUAAUGUAUAAAUUGUGGCUGUCCAAUACAGGUUUAACCAGCUGUGACCAGUUGAAUAUGUAUAUUUGAAAUUGUACAGUUUUAAUUCAUGUUUGUAUAUAUUAACUUCUGGAUGAGGUUUCAGUUAUACAUAUUGUGUAAUAAACACACACACACACAAGACAAUUUAAUUUUAGGGUGGCGAUUCUCAGUAUUCUUUGUUUUUUAAUAGGCUUGAUGUGCUUAACAUGGCUUGCCCCCAUAUAAUCCUUUAAGGCAUUAGUCAAUGUACUGGUACCGAGUAACAUACAAAUGCACUUCAAUAUGUAUAACCUGAGAAUAUAACCUUAACAUGUACAGUCUGAAGACUAUCACAUAAAUUUAAUAAUAAAUAAAACCCCUUAAUUGUUGGGCAAGUUUCUUGCAAACCCACAUACAAUUCCUUUUAAAUUUUAUUAAACAUGAAACAUGCUCUUUAA